GAGAAAGUAAGGAAGAGGUUCUGCUGGAUGUGAUGAUGCUGUAGAGGAGCAGAAAGCCCAUUACAAGGUAUAUCUAUCAACUCAAGAGCAUACAGUGAAGAUGACGGCCAUUGAGAGCAAAGAGGAGAUCAGUGACACUGACAGUGGGAUCAUCUUACAUUCUGGUCCUGACAGUCCCAUAUCCCCGGUAAAGGACCUGACCACCAACACCAGAGCCCUGAAGCUCAAGCACCAGUCUCUGGAGGAGCGUCUGGAGCUCUGCCUGCUGGAGCUCAGGAAGCUCUGCAUCAGGGAGGCCGAGUUAACGGGUAAACUGCCCUCAGACUAUCCUCUGAUGCCCGAUGAGAAGCCACCACGGGUCAGAAGGAGGAUUGGAGCUUCAUUCAAGCUGGAUGAAGGUCUGAUCCAUUUGAAUAAUCAGGAUUCAGAGUUGCAAGCGUUGGAAACUGACUUGGCUCUUCAGCGGCAGAUUUAUGAGGCAGUCCGCAAACUGUCUGUGGAGGAGAAACUCAGCAAACCACAGAAGAAGAGCCGGCUGCAGCAGUGCAAGAGGGAAGAGAGGAAAGUGAAAGACCUGCAGGAGGCCGUGUUCCAGCACAGGAUCAAGAGCGAGUGCAACUCCCCCUGCAUCCCCAUCUCAAGAAGCCAAAACAGAGCAGAUCUGAGCAUGUCUGAUGACAGUUCCCUGUCUGAUGUUGUGGCCCUGGAUGACGACGUGGACUCGCCCACUCCUCCCUCUCAUUCAGAGUCCUGCACUUCCUUGUCAGACGCCCCGCAUCUGUCAGCCAAGACCCUUCAAUCAUCCCAGCAGUCAUCAAGCCAGCUCAGUGUGGAGCAUGAGCCCUCCCCCAUCCAGAACUCUCCAUGGAAAGAAUCCAGUCUGGAUCAGCCCUACCAGAAGGUCAAUAAACCUCAAUCUGCUAGCAGCAGCAGGUCCAGCAGUCCAGCAGGGACGCAAGUGUCUGCAGAGAGCUGUAGGAUUCCUCUCUCUCAGUUCGUCAGGAACUCUGCCCUGCGUCAAAACAACUCCACCAGUGCCCCCUCCACCCCGGAGCUGCACAUACGCAGACAGUACACCCAGUCCUUCAGACUUCCUAAAAGUAAGCCACCAGGUGAUAAGGAGGGCCUCAGCACAGAGAACAAUCGCGGGCGAGCUAGGCUGCCCCAGCGGCGCUGCAUAGCCAACUUCAUGGUGCGUUCUCCAGAGUACUCUCCUCUGCAGCCCUACCAGUCCAGCUCCGAGGACAGCAGCUCCGAGCACUCUUCCUCCUCCCACAUCAGCUCUCCUGGCAGGGACAGACCCACUGAGAUCCCAAAGCUCUGCCCUCCACCUUAUGGGUUCCACUUUGGAGCACAAAAGAAAGGGCUUUCCAGCUUCUCCAGCUCACAGAAGAAUAACAACCAGUCUCAGUUCAGCCCUGGUAACGUCAGAGCCGCGGCAGAGGAUGGCCCACUCUCCCCUCAAGACCUGGACAUGGGGAAGGUCUUUCUGUCCUCACCCCCUGUGGCACAUAGCCCGCUUUCAAGACAGUGGCAAGAGGGAGCAUCGUCCCCAAGGAGAAUCCUUAAGCCACCUCCACCUUACACUAGACUGGUGCGAACGCCCUCGCUGAACGAGUACCCGAACCACGCCAUCAGGCUGAUGCCCAGGGAGAUCGUGUCGGAGGAGCUGAAGUCCUGGCAUCAGAGGAAUCAGUUGCAGAAGUUAUGGCCAAGCUGCAUGGAUCAGCUGAGUGUCACGAGCCCCACCUCACCUCACCUUCCUCCAUUUAACCAGGGUUCGGGUAACAUGAUACUCCAGAGAGCUGCAGACGGUACUCCAGUCCAGUGGUUCAUCGCAGAGGAUGCUGAAAUCGUGAGCCAGGUGUAGCUUAGACAACUACUGUUGUGCAGUACAUUCAGUAGGAAGCGUGUGAUUCCUUUCUAUUUAUCGCUGUAUUUAUUCUUAAGGCUUCGGACUCUCUGUGAGAUCUUUAGUCGACAUGAUGUAGAGAACGUGGACCUAUGGGCACUCUGAUGAGCCCAUUCCUCUCUCGUCUUUUAAUUUAAAACUUAAUGUAAGGUGUUAUGCCAGUUUAAUUUAUUGUUUUGAUUUGUUUUGAAUAGAUGCUUCUGAGGUGAAUUUACCCUCAUACUAUUUCAUAAACAAGUGGAUCAAAAGAUUAAAAACAAACUUGCUGUGGUUCUCUCUGUGGCUGAACACAUUUUGCACAAACUAAUCCCCCUACAGAAGCUUCAAAUAUGUUCCUCUUUUCUCAUAUGAUUUUCAGUAUUUAACUAUAUUUAUCUGUUUAUGACACUUUUCUUCUGCAGGAUAGAGACUUAUUACUAAAAUUUAACAACAACAUCUAAAAUGCAGUGCUCUUUGAAUAUAUAGUUGAAAACUAACACCUGUCUAGCCUUGACUUUUAAGCUGAUUCUUGAUGUUACUAUCAACUUGUAAUAAUCAUUCACUGAUGCCUGUAAUGUUGGUUGAUGAUUGUUUUUAAUGCAGUGUGGAGUUAGGAUCCUAACCAAGAGAUUGUAUCAGUUUUGAUAUGUUUUGUAUAUUUAUAAUUAAAAAAUACAACUGAAAGUCAAA